GCCGCGGCUUUCCCGCCUUCCUCUGGAGUGCGCACUUCCGGCCGCGGGGGCGCUCGGGAGUCCGCCCCGCGAGCCUCCACCAACCAGCGACUCCGCCUGACCGGCGCGAGUGUGCGAGCGCACGUUUGUGCGCAGGUUCGAAUCUCCGCCGCUUCGCGGUUGCUGCCCAACGUCCGGCCGUACCUCCGCCGCGGCGAGGACAGCGCGCGAGGGCUGUGGGGACCUGGCCGCCCCGCCCCCUCCAGGGCGCCCUUCCCACCUUCCUCCCGCCGCCUCGCCCAACUGAGUCCUCGCCCUACGUCGCGUGCUCUGCCCCCGCCCUACACCUCCGCAGCUAUCGGCGCUCGGCCUCCCGCGCCAGGCGGGCUCCGCCCGAACCUCUGGGGCCCAUGGCCAAGCGGCGUGCGGCCGAGCCGCUGACGUUCCAUGUGCCUUGGAAGCGGCUCCUACUCUGCGACUUCCCAGAGGAGCCGCCACCGCCUCUCUGGAUCCCGCCGCCGGGGGCUUCGCAUCCCGGGCAGCUCCUCGGCGUCCCGGAGCUGCCCCGAAAGCGCAGAAUCGAUUCAGGGGCUAUGACUGAGCCUGCGGCUUCACCCAGCAAGCGCCGCGACGGCGGGGACAUUAGCGCCCCCGGCGGCGGGGAGUGUGAGGAUCGCGGCUUAGAGACCGGCGAGCCGUCGUCGCUGCUGCAGCCGCCUGAGCGGCCCAGCGGGCCGGGGGAGGAGUCCCGGGGCGCCCUGCCUCCGCGGGGCGGUGGCGACGACGGGGCGGGGCGCGCAGAGUCCCCGCGAAGAGACUGGGGGGCCGCACCGCUCCAGCUCAAUGAAGAAUUUUGGCAGUAUAAUACCUUCCAGUACUGGAGGAAUCCUUUACCACCUAUUGAUCUGGCAGACAUUGAAGAUGUAAAUGAAGACAACCUGACAGAAGCAAGGCUUCAGGGCAAGAAUGAAGUAGUUGAGAUUGACAUGGAGUCUUGACAGAGGAGCUUGAAGAAAUGGGUUUUUCUGAAUUUGAGGAGACAUCUCUAAAUGAAUUUAUGUAUUCCUAAGGAAAAAAGUUAUUUUCCAUACUUGAUGUGAUUUCAUUCCUAAACCUGAAAAAUGAGGAAAAGUUUUUUUAGAGAUAAAUACCUGCAGUCACUACAGAAACUCCUAGUAGGAUUUGUCAAGGAUAUAGUGCAGUUAGUUAUAGGGGAAGUAUUUUAUGUAUACAUUCUUAAAGAAAAUUUAUGUUUAGAUUCUAAAUUUGAAGAUCUCAAUCACAUAAAAAGGGAUUCUGACAGUUUUAGAAAUAGAUGGUAAACACUCAGAUAUUUCUUUACCAAAAAGUUAAUUUGUGAUACAUGAAAUGAGUAUUUUAUAAUUAUUAAUAAAAUGCUUUCUAGUAUACUUUAUUGACUCUUCUUAGUUGAACAGAUAGCUGAAUUAAACAUCUAUGCAAACUUAAAAUGUGGGGGAUUCUUUCUGAAAGCUGGUAUUGUUUUAAAAGAGCUUUCUAAAUGUAAUGUGAGAAUUUCAAUUUGGGUAGCCUGUUUGCAUAACUUCCAAUAUCCAAUGUUUGUUAAACUCUACUUUGGGUUAUCAGAAAUGGAUGAAGAACAAUGAGAAAUGAGAAGGUGCUUCCCUUCCCCCUUUCCCAGGAUAAGAGGAAAGAAGUCUAUUGCAUUUCUUUUUUUAAGUUUUUUAGUUUUCAGUUUCUUUGAGGACAUAGUUUUAUUGCUUUUUGCUUUAGAUUUGUAGUUCUCAACACUGACAGCACUUCAUACAUCUUUGCCUGAGCUCCACUCUUGAGAGAUUUUCAUUUAGUUGUUCUGAUGCGGGCCUUGGGUAUAGCUAUUUUUUUAAGCACCAAUCUCCACCCUACCCCCAUCCCUGUAGUGUGCAGACGGGUUUGAGAACCAUGGUAGUUUUUCCUGUUUAAAGGAGAUUAAACAUUUGAGCUGAAGCAAUGCCUCUUAAUUAGCUUUGUGUUUAUUUUGCUCUGUUGAUGGCUUUGUUACAACUAAAUUAUUGUGUUUUUACUAUUUCUUUGUUAAAUAAAGUAAGCAGUUUGUGUUUGAGUUAUAUGAGUAUCAAUGAUUAAGUUAAUUUGCAUCCAGAAAGUUGGUUUUGUAAUUGAGUAGUCCUUGCUUCUAUGUUUUUUAUUGUUACUGACAUAAGAUCCAAAAAUGAGGAAGGGUGAUAAAUGCCAAUGUGAAGGGGAAAAAAACGAUGUUUUGUGUGUACUGUGGGAUUUAAAUAUGGGUUGACAUUAAUAAGUAUAUUCUAGAACAAAAGGCAAACUGUAUAGUGUUGUGGUUAAGAGUUAAAGCUUUGGAGUCAGACAUGGUUGAAAGUUUUGGACUGCUACUUUCUACCUGUGUAAUAUUAAGUAUGUUAUUUUUCAUCUCCAAGCCUCAGAUUCAUCACUUGUAAAAUGAGAAAUAAUAAAUAGUGUCUACCUCAGAGAGA